AAGUUAAUUUAUGAAAAGUGUUUUGUGUAUCACAAGACUCAAGCUGUAUGUUGUCCCACUCUACAUUUAGAGGUCACAUCUAUGCAUCAUCCACCAAUCCUUUCACCUUUUCAUAAACAUUGCAUACACCAUUCCAACCCCAUUUUAACUUAAUUCUCUUUUUCCAUUUCCAAAUUGCAUGCAAACAUACCCUAAUUAAUCUUCCUUCCUUCCACUCAUGGCUUCAACCUCCCACAACAACACCAACAAAGUUAACUCUUCUUCUUGGACACCCAUGCAGAACAAGCAAUUCGAAAGAGCACUUGCUUUCUACGAUCAAGACACCCCAGAUCGCUGGCAGAACAUAGCCAACAUGCUUGGUGAUAAAUCUGUUGAGGAAGUUAAGAAACACUAUGAAAUCCUUGUCGAAGACCUUAGGCAUAUAGAAUCUGGUCGUGUUCCAAUCCCCAGUUACAACAACUCCACUCAUCAUCAACCUAAUCAUCAAGAGAGCUUAUAUGGCAGGCCUCUAAAGUAUCUCAAUCAGCAGUGAAGUGACCAAGUCAACUCAAGUCUCUAUAGCCACUAAAGUUGGAACAACACAUAAUGCAAGACCAAACAUUCUUCUUCUUCUGUUUUCCUUGUUUAUGUCCAACAAACAUCCAACACUUUACUUCUCUUUACAGUUCAGAUACUAUGUGAACAAUAUGACAUAUUUGAU